CUGUCAAAACAUAGGCCGCACGAGGUACAACAUGAUGGACCUUUUUGAGAACAACACUUAUUUUUUCAAUGAUUUGCGCUAUCUCGAGGGAGAUCAUGGACCAUUACAGCAUAUGGACAUGGCCGGGGUGUCCCCUCUGUAUCACGGGAAUGACAGCCCCUUGUCACCUGGACAGGAUAAUGUUCAAUCCGAGACUGGAUGUGACAGCAGUGGCGAGGAGCAUGUCCUCGCGCCCCCGGGUCUCCACCCGCAUUGCGAGGGACAGUGUCUUAUCUGGGCUUGUAAAAUAUGUAAAAGAAAGUCUGCACCGACCGACAGGCGCAAAGCCGCGACUCUCAGGGAAAGAAGGCGUCUCAAGAAGAUCAAUGAAGCGUUCGAUGCGUUAAAGAAAAAGACCGUGCCCAAUCCGAACCAGCGACUGCCCAAAGUCGAGAUUUUACGCAGCGCUAUAAACUACAUCGAAAAAUUGCAGGACCUGUUGCAUACCCUGGAUGAGCAAGACGAAAUACAGCAACAUGGUUCAUAUGAGUUUAACAACAAAGAACAUAAUGUGGAAAACAGUGAUUACAAUUGGAAAACGUCCUGUCAAAACUGGCAACCCUCUGCUGAUCAUUCCAAUGCUCCUAUGACGAAUCAGAGAGAAGUCACCACAGAGUCCUCGGGAUCAACCAGUCUACUUCGCCUCUCAUCAAUUGUCGAAAGCAUCUCAAGUGAGGAGAAAAUUAAUUGCAGCGAAGAAGUCACAGAAAAAUAAAGCAUAAAUCAUUGGAAUUUUGCUGCACGAGCGACGUCAACAUUUCGCAAUUCAUUUGAGCGGUUGUAAAUUAUUUCCAACUCUUGCAUAGGGAAUGUGCAAUGACUUUAGUUUCCAUUUUAAUGCAAACGUUUGUACAAAUUAAGGGGCAUUUUAUGGUGAUUAUUUUAACUUGAGGCAGGCAUGAAUUGCCAAUAUUUUAUAUCUAUGAGUGGAAAUAAUAGAAGUGCUCUACUACUUCCACGUAAAUGUAUAUAUUUUAUAAUCUUAAUUUAUUUUGUAUUCGAAAUACAAAACCAAAACCUCAACA